UGAUAAUUGAUAUAGAUAUACUUUGUCCAUUUAUUCACAUUUCACUGUCUAUUCAGAAUUGACUGAUAAGUUCUUCGAUUUUAGUAAAUUUUAAGAUUUAUAUUCAUUUUUGAGUAAAAUAAGUAUACUGUUUUACAAAUUUAUAUUCUUUUUGUAUUUCGUUUAUUGUUAACUCGAUACAUUAUGGCUUCUGAUGAGACACCGUUGUAUAAAGCAAUUGCAAAUUACAGACCACCUCCAUUCAAUAAAGAUACUGUAUUAAAUUACUACGCCCCAGCGUAUGGCACGUUAAACUAUGCACUUUUAUCUAUCAAUGUGAUGAACCCCGGACUUCUGCAAAGAAUUGUACCUAAACCAGACCUCACAAAUAUAUUUUUAAUCAACUCUUGCGUUGGGUCAUUUUUAUUUAUUGCUGCGCGCCCACAUCUCAGCGAAGCGCCUCUCAAACUGCGCAUAGUAUACAGCGUUUAUGGAUCAGUUUUGUUCAAUAUGGGAUCGGUAUUAUCAUGGGCUAUUUUACGUAGUUUAUUACCAAAUAACUCUGGUUUAGCUACUGUUGCUGGUUUAAUCUCAGGAUUUGCUUUGACUGGCUGUGGUGUUGCAUAUUUGAGCUACAAUGACAAAACUGUUAAAGCAAAUAAAAAGUAGACAUUUGUUUUUAUGGUGAUAAUUUAGUUUAAAUAAUCUCCUAAGUUCUUUGUAGUAAUUUAAUUCCAGAGGGCUGAUUUUUUUUUUAUAAAUAUUUUGUUAUUAUUUCUGUUUUUUUUUUUUUUAUGUAGCUGGUAAUACCAAAAUUAUGAUAAGAAGUAAUCCCAUUCUAUAAUAUUCAAUAUUCAUAUUAUUCAAUUAAAAAAUUAAAUAAAUUAAUUCGUUGUGUAUUAA